AAAAACACACAAAAUGACCAAAAAAAAGACAUUAAGUGACCAAAAAGACUAAAAAGACACAGUGGAGACAGAGCUGACUUCCAAAAUGGUUUGGCGACCCCCAGAAAUCAUCUUGCGACCCCAAUUGGGGUCCCGACCCCAAGGUUGAGAAUAGCUGCUGUAAACUAAUACACUAUUUAAUGAGUUAUUCCAGAUGGGAUUUCUGAACUGGGGGGACGAAGCUGUCACCAAAUGAUUUCAACUAAAUUAGUUAUUUUUCCACUUCAUGCCUGAACCAAAAUAUGUUUUAUUCAACCAUUUUUAACUGUAGAACUGUAGUGUAAACAACAACCAGUAAAACAUAAAACAACAAAGCCACUAUUCCACUGUUCCAUCUGAAUCAUUGCAUAUUUUUAAUGAAUUAUUGUAAAGGAGAAUAAGUGUUCUUCUAUGUUUUAUUAAAGGCAUCUUAUUUUGAAAGUCUUCUUGCAAAUUAGGUGGUGGACUCUGCUAACACAUCCAUGUGCUCUUAUUUUGAAAGCUACAUGUGUUUGCUUUUAUUUUGAAGGCGGGCACUGUGUAAUUUUCUCCCGUUUUUCUGACAAUUCUUUUUCAGAUUUUCUGACUAAUUUUUGUCUGUUUUUCGGACAAUUUUUUCUGUUUUUCUGACACAUUUUUCCCCGUCUUUUUCUUACAGUUUUUUCCCUGUUUUUCGGACAUUUUUUUUUCUGAAUUAUCAAGAUACUUCUUUCUUUCUUUCUUUCUUUCUUUUUUCUUUCUUUCUUUCUUUCUUUCUUUCUUUCUUUCUUUCUUGCUGCCCUUACUAGGGUUUGUCAUAUUUAGUUCUAUUGUAAAACUAAAUGUUGUUAUUCUUUUCCCAUAGAUUUUCCCAUUGAUUUCAUAGGCUGUUUUUAUUUAAGAUAUUUUUUAUUUAAAUGUGCACUUUAUGGAGCAUUGAUAAAAAAAAUAAAAAUUAAAAAAAGGUUCCUGUCGUUCUCCAGUAUUUAUGUUCACUUAAAUUAACAUUUUCAAUAAAACUACUUGUGACAUGUCAUAUCUGACUUUGACUGAACAUUUUCUCUCACUUUGCAAUAAAAAUAUCAGGAUUUAUAUCAUAUCGAUAUUCAGCCUAAAUAUAUCGGGAUAUGACUUUUGGUCCAUAUCGCCCAGCCCUAGUUUCAACUUAUCUUUCAACAGAAACACACAUGUUGUUUUCUUACCACAGACCUUGUUCUCUGUCUGUUCUCCAGUUCAUUUCCCAGCUGAUGGUGUUCCUGAUCAGCAUCAUCAGCAUGGUGUUCUGUGGUCACCUGGGGAAGACGCAGCUAGCAGCAGUGUCUCUAGCAGCCGCCGUGGUAAAUGUCUCUGGUAUUUCUGUUGGCGCUGGUCUGUCAUGUACUUGUGAUACUCUCAUAUCUCAGACGUAUGGGAGUGGUAACCUGAAGCGAGUGGGUGUGAUCCUCCAGAGGGGGGUCCUGAUCCUGCUGCUGGCCUGUUUCCCCUGCUGGGCCGUCCUCAUCAACACUGAACCUCUCCUGCUGGCGGUCAGACAGAGCCCCGAGGUGGCCAGUCUCUCCCAGCUCUAUGUGAAGAUCUUCAUGCCCGCUCUGCCAGCAGCUUUUAUGUACCAGCUGGAAGGGAAAUAUCUUCAGAAUCAGGGAAUCAUGUGGCCUCAGGUUGUAACUGGAUUAAUUGGAAACGUCUUCAAUGUCGUCAUCAACUACGUCUUUCUUUAUGCUCUGGAUUUGGGCGUGGCUGGAUCAGCUGCUGCCAACGUUAUCUCCCAGUACCUGCUGGCUCUGUUCAUGUUCCUCUACAUCUGGUGGAGAGGUCUCCACAAGGCCACAUGGGGAGGUUGGUCCCUGGACUGUCUCCAGGAGUGGGGUCCCUUCGUCAGGCUGGCCGUCCCCAGUAUGCUGAUGAUCUGUCUGUCAUGGUGGAUCUUUGAGAUCGGAGGCUUCCUGGCUGGUCUGAUUAACGAGGUGGAGCUGGGAGCUCAGUCUAUAGCCUACCAGCUCUGUAUCACAGCCUACAUGUUCCCACUAGGAUUCUCUGUGGCUGCUAGUGUCCGAGUGGGGAACGCUCUCGGUGCAGGAGACACGGAGCAGGCCAAGCUGUCCUGUAGAGUCCCCAUCAUCUGUGCAUUCAUCGUUGCAUGUUUUGUUGGAGCCGGUCUCUGCAUCUCCAGAUAUGUCAUUGGAUACAUUUUCACGUCAGAUCAGGAAAUAAUUCAGAGGGUUGCUGACGUCAUGCUCAUAUUUGGUUUCAUGCAUGUUUGUGAUGCCACUGCGGGCGUGGCUGCAGGAGUCCUCAGAGGAGCAGGGAAGCAGCUGAUUGGUGCUCUGAUCAACCUGCUGGGUCUCGACUUCAUCGGCUUCCCCAUCGGGGUUUCUCUCAUGUUUGCAGCAGAUAUGGGGAUCGUAGGACUGUGGACAGGACUGGCCAUCGGUGUCUCGCUGCAGGCCGUUGUCUUUCUCCUAUUUCUGUACAAACUUGACUGGAAAAAGGCCACUGAGGAGGCUCGUGUGAGAGCAGGAGUCCAGAUCUCAGAGGAAACAGAGACGCUGGAGAUGGAAGACACCGCCUCCACUCAGAACCAGCAGAACCAGGCCCGGGUCAGUUCUGCUCUACCUGGAUGUGUGAGUGGUGAUGACCUGGACCUGGAGGUGAACCAUUCAGACCUCAGUCCUCUACUGGUCACCACCACCAGCACCACCAGCAGCACCACCAUCACCACGGUGGGAGACGUCCUGACGGUGAAUCAGCUGGUUUUACGUCGAGGCGUCACGUUGUUGAUCAUGAUCUUCAUCCUCACGGCUGGAAUCAUCAGCAGCAGGUUGUUGGUUCAACUCUUCAAAUGACUCGUUCUACACCAGGGGUCUCACACUCUAAUUACCACACUGGAGGCAC